CUUAGUUGGAGAGGACUAAGGCAGAAGGCACCAUGAGUGGUGGCCCUGUAGGAGGCCGGCCUGGGGGCCGAGGGGGAGCAGCAGUUCAGCAGAAUAUUCCUUCGAACCUUCUCCAGGACCAUGAGAACCAACGACUCUUUGAGCUGCUUGGCCGAAAAUGCUGGACACUGGCCACGGCAGUUGUUCAGCUGUACCUGGCACUACCCCCUGGCGCCGAGCACUGGACCAUGGAACACUGUGGGGCUGUGUGCUUCGUGAAGGAUAACCCUCAAAAGUCCUACUUCAUCCGUCUUUAUGGCCUUCAGGCUGGUCGGCUACUCUGGGAACAGGAGCUGUACUCCCAGCUGGUUUACUUCACUCCGACCCCCUUCUUCCACACCUUUGCCGGAGAUGACUGCCAAGUAGGACUGAACUUUGCGGACGAGAAUGAAGCCCAGGCCUUCCGGUCCUUGGUGCAGGAGAAGAUACAAAAAAGAAAUCAGAGGCAAAGUGGGGAAAGACGCCAGCUACCACCACCACCAGUCCCAACCAGUGAAGAGAGAAGAGGAGGGCUCCCACCUCUUCCCUCACAUCCAGGUGGAGACCAGGGCGGCCCAUCAGGGGGUCCACUAUCGCUAGGACUUGUGACAGUCGACAUUCAGAACCCUGACAUCACAAGCUCACGAUAUCGUGGCCUCCCUGCGCCUGGCCCUGGCCCAACUGAUAAGAAGCGCUCAGGGAAAAAGAAGAUCAGUAAAUCGGAUAUUGGUGCACCAAGUGGAUUCAAACAUGUCAGCCAUGUGGGCUGGGAUCCUCAGAAUGGAUUUGACGUAAACAACCUAGAUCCGGAUCUGCGGAGCCUUUUCUCCAGGGCGGGAAUCAGCGAGGCCCAGCUCACUGACGCAGAGACCUCCAAGCUUAUCUAUGACUUCAUUGAAGAUCAGGGUGGGCUGGAGGCUGUCCGACAGGAGAUGAGGCGCCAGGAGCCACUCCCACCACCACCACCGCCAUGCCGAGGAGGAGGAGGAGGAGGAGGAGGAGGAGGAGGAGGGAGCCAGCCGCAGCGACCUCCUAUUGUGGGGAGUAAUAAGGGUCGCUGUGGUCCACUGCCCCCUGUACCCAUAGGGGGUGCCCCACCUCCACCAACACCCCGGGGGCCCCCACCACCAGGCCGGGGAGGCCCUCCACCACCACCCCCUCCAGCCACUGGAAGAUCUGGACCACCACCUCCUCCACUACCUGGAGCUGGGGGAUCACCAGUGCCGCCGCCCCCGCCACCACCACCACCACCUCCUCCACCCUGCACUGGGAAUGAGCCAGCCCCUCCCCUGCUUUCUUCUACUCUGGUGUCUGGGGGGUGCCCAGCACCUAGUGGGGGCCGGGGCGCACUUUUGGAUCAAAUUCGGCAGGGAAUUCAACUGAACAAGACUCCUGGAGCUAUAGAGAGCUCAGUACAGCAACCACUGGCUCAAAGGUCAGAGGGCCUCGUGGGUGCCCUGAUGCAUGUGAUGCAGAAGAGGAGUAGAGUCAUCCAUUCCUCAGAUGAAGGGGAGAGUCAGAUGGGUGAAGAUGAAGAGGAUGAUGAAUGGGAUGACUAAACCCUUGUUCCUUCCUGUAGUCCAGUAGUCCUGCUCACUCCGUCCUCCCUCUGCUGACCUGAUCCCCCCUCCACUACGAGCUUCCCAGUCCAUCUGUGUUUGAACCUCACACCCACUCUAAACCCAGCAUCCAAUCUCAAACAAUAAACUUAAGUUCUCACCACUCAGGGAUUAAAAAGAAGGUAAUACAUUUUUGUGUCUCUGAGAGUGCAUUCAUUCGAGUCCUAAAUGAGUGAUCUGGGCGGGGCAUGGUGGCGCACACCCUUCAAUCCCAGCACUCUUGGGAAGACAAAGGCAGAAUUCGAGGCCAGCCUGUUCUACAAAAGAGUCCAGGAUAGGCAGGGCUACACACAGAAACCCUGU